AGUUAAUCAGGUACUUACAUGAUCAAGUCAGGCACGGUACAGUGAAGGUGAAUUGACCGGUGUUCACGUACAAAUAUAGCAAAGCGUUUUUCUAUCUGGAAAAGAAAACCAUGUUGCCCGAGCUUCGUCUCUGCUUCGUCCUUUCGGCUUUUCUCGGUGGCGUUGUCGUCGUGUCUUCGGCAAGAGUCAGGCGUGACUCUCGUAACUAUCGAUAUGGAGUCAUCUUCGAUGCGGGCAGUUCCUCGACUAAACUUCACGUCUACAGAUGGGACCAGAGCCGACUCCCGACAAAGACGGCAGAUUUAACAGAACUCAAGCUGUCAGGAACCAGCAAGGUGCGGCCAGGUAUCAGCUCGUUUGUGUCCAACCCGGUGUUGGUGAAACCUUCACUCAUCUUACUGCUAUACAGCGCCGCCGCGGUGGUGCCAAAGGAACUGCAGAGCAGCACGCCGGUUUACUUAAAAGCCACUGCAGGUAUGCGGUUGCUGAAGCCAGCUGAUGUGGUAGACACCAUCUUUGACCAAAUCGACGACCUCUUCUUGGACUCAACCCUCAACCCAUUCAAGUUCAAGCGGGGCUGGGCCAAGGUCAUCUCAGGGGAGGAGGAAGGAGUUUUCGGUUGGAUCUCAGUCAAUUUCCUGAGGGGCGUCUUCGACUCAAACAGGGACACGACGACGUACGGUGCCCUGGACAUGGGAGGGGCGUCCACUCAGAUCACCUUCCUCCCGGAAGGACAGAUCUUCGCCAAUCUCUUCCCGCUGUACAUCGCGGGGAGGCGGUACGACCUCUACACCAACAGCUUCCUGAAGUUCGGCCUGAAUCAGUUCUGACUGCAGGUGCACCGA